AUGACCACCUAUAGCAUACGAGUGAGAACAGGCGUGGACCAAGAUUCGGGAACAGCAAACAGAGUGUACAUAGCAAUAUACGGUGAAACAUCAGACACCGGAAUUAUUGAAUUAAAACGACCAUCUGGAUAUGACAAGCAACCUUUUCAAACAGGACAUGUCGAUGAGUUCACAUACGAAACUGUUGACAUUGGAAACAUAACAAUGGUCAUGCUGUAUCAUUUUGGUACUUAUCUUUAUGACAUGUGGUACCUGGAGGAUGUAGCAGUUCAAACGUCUGAGUCUAACCAAUCCACGACAUUUGUUGUCAAAAGCUGGAUCAGAAAUGAGGUUGCUGACUCUCAGCUUGGUGUAUCUCUACCUGCAAAAGGAAGCGUACAACCAUACUAUGUAAACAAACGAAGCUGCUCGGAGAACAUGUUCCAGUGCUUGGACGGUUAUUGCAUCCCAAAAAGCUUGUACUGCGACCAUUCAGUACACUGUCAUGGUCCUUUCCACGAAGAUGAACCUUUAAUCUGCUCACCAAGAAAUUUACGAAGGUCUUGUCUGGAAGUACUCGUUGACUCCAAUUCGAGGGAAGAUUAUUACAAUAUUUUGUUUAGGAAUAAUGAUAAGCCAUACGAAAUCCAUUGCUCAUUCCGGGAUGGUAAGUCAAGCGGUGAAGUGGUUUCAAAAAUUCACAGUAAUUUUGGAUAUUUGCAAAAUGUUACAAGUGAUUUGGAUCUUACUGCUGCAUACGACAUUGAUGACCAGGGAAUAGAUAUACUAAAACAGAAUUCAGAUUUCUGUUUACAAAGACUAGAAGUCGAGUGCAUAUUUACUUCAUCCGGUGAUCUAGGCAAAGCAGUAAAGUUCAGAGGUAACAACGGCAAAUCAUUUCAGCAGUUUACAAGUUAUUGCAAAACAGAAGAGUGCAAGUGUAAGCGUGGUAACCUAUACUGGGCUACCGUAAGGUUUGCGGAAUACCUGACAGAUGAAAUAUACAUCACUGAUAUGGACAUGCUGCCUAUAAGGAACAUCAAGUUUAGUCUCAGGAGACCUCCGCCAACAAAAUUCAGAUUUCGUCUUCAUCCUCUUGAAUGCUUUGAAAGUAUCACAUCGGAUGAAAGGCUUACAUGUAACAGCGGUGAACAAUACGACCCAGCAUUUCACUGUGUACUCGAGUAUGAUUUGUACGGCGCACCAUCAGGGUGUCGGGACUUCUCGCAUAUAACAGACUGUGGAGAAGAAAUUAUAUGUGGUAAACCUGGGGUCUCCGAGGACGCAGUCCUUGGUACAGGAAAGAACGAGCUUCAAGACGGUACGUAUACACCAAAUUUUCCAAAAAAAGAUAUGCCUUUUAUGUUGGAGAAAAUUGCUCGUUGUAACCCAAAGUUUGUAAAGGGAAAAAAGGUAAAGGUUAAGGGAGUUUUCCCGGAAGCCCCGGAGCCCCCAAAACACGGAAAUUAG